AUGUUUCAGGAUUCUUUAUUUCUCCCAUCAUUCUCUCAUUUCUCUUUCACGAUCUCUUAUUUUUUGCAUUCAAUGUUUCUUCUUUGUCGUUCAUUUUUAUUUAAUGAUUCCAUUUUCUUUCUUUCUUUCUUUCUUUCUUUCUUUCUUUCUUUCUUUCUUUCUACAUUUCUUCUUUUUGUCGUUCUUUCAGCUGCUUCAUUCAUUCUUUUCUUUUUUCUUUUAAUUCUUCUUUGGCCAUCCCAUCUUAAUUUCUUAGUUUUUAUUUUGCUUUCUUUCCACCUUUCUUUCUAUAUUUCGUCUGUUUGUCGUUCUUUAAGCAUUAAUUUAAUGUUAUAUCAUUUCUUUUCUUUUUUUCUUUUUUAUUCAUUCUUUCCUACAUUUUAUUAUUCUUCUGUGGCCCUUUCUAAUGUUAUUCCUUACUUUUAUUUGUUUCUUUUUUUCUUUCUAUAUUUUAUACCUUUGUCUUUUUAUUUUUCUUUCUUUCUUUCUUUCUUUCUUUCUUUCUUUCUUUCUUUCUACAUUCCAUCUUUUUUAUUGCUGUUUGGUCAUUUCUAUUUUUAUUUUUUACACUUCUUUUUUUCUUUCUACAUUUCAUAUUUUUGUCACUCUUUCACCAUUAAAAUUUCAUUGAUUUUCUUUCUUUUUUUGUUCAUUCCUUCCAUCAUAUUUUUUAUUCUUCUUUGGUCAUUCGAACUUUAUUUCUUAGCUCUUAUUUUUCCUUCUUUCUGUCUUUCUUUCUUUCUUUCUACAUUUCAUCUGUUUGUCGUUCUUUAA